AAAACUUUUCGAAAUCCUCCACACACACACACACACACACAGAGUAAAUUCACGUUCAAACUCAACAAAAAAUGGGCGGCAUCAACGAAUCGGAAAAGUAUCUACUCAACCGGCACAAGGAGCACCACUUCACCGCCGGUGAAAUCGUCCGUGACGUCAUCAUCGGCGUCUCCGACGGCCUCACCGUCCCGUUCGCGCUUGCCGCUGGUCUUUCCGGUGCUAACGUUUCGUCCUCCAUCAUCCUCACCGCCGGUAUAGCGGAGGUUGCUGCCGGUGCUAUUUCUAUGGGACUCGGAGGGUAUUUGGCUGCAAAAAGUGAAGCUGAUCAUUACGAUAGAGAGUUACGUAGAGAACAAGAAGAAAUUGACACGAUACCUGAUUCAGAGGCGGCUGAAGUGGCGGAGAUACUGGCAGAGUAUGGGGUGGAGCCACAUGAGUACGGGCCUGUGGUGAAUGCUUUGAGGAAGAACCCGCAAGCGUGGCUUGAUUUCAUGAUGAAAUUUGAACUUGGACUUGAAAAGCCUGAUCCAAAAAGAGCACUUCAAAGUGCACUAACAAUCGCGAUCGCUUAUGUAUUGGGUGGAUUGGUCCCGCUUCUACCUUACAUGCUCAUCCCAGUGGCCCAAAAAGCUUUGGUUGCAUCUGUCAUGGUGACCAUAUUAGCCCUGCUAAUCUUUGGGUUUGCCAAAGGUUACUUCACCGGGGACAGACCAGUUUGGAGUGCCCUACAAACAGCCCUGAUUGGAGCCAUAGCGUCUGCAGCCGCUUUUGGCAUGGCUAAGGCGGUACAGGGGUAGUAAAUGGUUACAUUGUUAUUGCUUCUAUUUUGAUUUGACUUUUAAAGUCAAACAUGUCGGUUUUUUACUUUCGAUAUUAUAAUUGAGCUCUAUGUUUUUUUUGAGGAAAA